AUGUUUUCUUCUUCUUUUCUUCCUCUGGAAGUCAUCAUCAGAAUCCUCUCUUUCCUUCCAAGCAAAAUAUUACCAAAACUCCGAUUAGUUUCAAAGCAAUUCAACUCUAUAAUCUCUGAACCCUAUUUCCUCCGUCUCCACCACAGUCAUGCCCUAAACUCAUCAUUCAUCCUCACCGCCUUCACCGUUUCCAACAAAUCCCUAGACGUACAGCUCAAACUCCUUAGCUACACGAAACCUAACCAAACCGCUCUCACCGCUUUUCGGACAUCUCUCUUUGAAGAACGCUACCUUGAGCAAACACAAAAACCCAUCACAAAAAGCUUCCUUGGAGACAAAGUUAAAGUCUUGUCUUCUAACCAUCAGUUAAUAUGUUUCGUGACUGCCAAGGAACACUUUCUCUUUGACCCUAUUAAGCAAAAAACCCUAGAAAUAUCUCAAUCACCAUCUGCUUCCUCAUCCUCAUCUACCCUUACCUCCUUCGGCUUCGUAUCGUCCACGUCACAAUACAAAAUCAUCAGAUUCUUCCUUCCUUAUAACCCAAUCUGCAAAUUCGAGACACUUACCUUGUCCAUCAAGGAAAGAAACUACAAGCAUCAUCUCGAGAUAUCUCCAUGGACAUCACAAGAAACAGAAUGUCAUUACCUUCUACAACCAUACCCUCCAGUUCACGCUGAUGGGCUCCUUUACUGGACAACAAAAGAAUCUCCAACAAAGAUUGUCUCUUUCUCUCUAGAACAUGAGAAGUUCUCUGUUCUGCCUCCACCACCAUGUUUUGAAGACAACCCUAAUCACGACUUUAGCUUAUGUGGCAUCAGAGGGAAGCUUUGGGCUGUGGACUACAAAUCUCUUGAACCAAACAUGGAGAUUUGGAUGAUGAAUGGCUCCAACGGAUCUGCUUGGGUUAAAACGCAUCGUAUUGACCUCAAAGAAACGUUGACCCGUUACUAUAGAUCGUUUCCGAUCAGGAUUCAUGAUAUAGAAUGUGAUUGUGUGUUUUUUCAGGUUCUGUAUCCGAGUCGGGUGAAGAUUUAUUACACGAGCAGGAACGAAGUAAAGGACUAUGGGGAGUUAAACCAUGAGUUACAGUGUUGUUAUUACACUGAUGGUCUUUUGUCUCUUUGA